AUGAAUGAUCUUAAGGAAAUUACAGCACAAAAUCAGCCCUGUAAACUAUUGAAUCUCCAACUCAGGAGCAUUGAUGGAUCAAUAAUUGAUUGUGUGUUUUGGGAAAAAUAUGCUGAGGAGAUACAUUCAUAUGUUGAGUCCUUCUCUGGUGGACCUAUUGUUCUGCUUUGUAGUCUCAUGAGGAUUAAUGUUUAUAAGGGAAAACCUACAAUCCAGAGUGGAAAAUCCUCAACUAAGCUGUUCAUUAAUUCUGAUAUUCCUGAGAUUAAUGAAUUCAAAGAAAAGAUGCCAAGUUUCUUCGGACAACUUUACUUUGGGUUCUCCAAAAACUAUUUCUGA